UUUAUAUUAUUUUAUCAUCUUUUUAUAGAAAUUGAAUAUACAAUGCCUUUGAAAAAAGAUUCUAAACGACGAUCAGAUACAAUUGAUUCAGGAUGUGAUACUGUGGAUUCAACAUUAUCAAAUACAUCAAACUUUAUUGAGAAUGAAAAUCCUGAUGAUGAAGAAGAUCAAACACAAGAUGAAUGGUUAGAAAGUCUAGGAGUUGAAAAUUCUGAAAUUCGUAAAAUUAAUAAUUCUCAGGCAAGAAUAACAUUAGAAAAACAAACUGAAAUAGAUAAUAUGAAACAAUCUCUUAUUUUUGUAAAAGGUGUUGAUGCACAAGCUUUAUUUAAUUUUUUAAUUAAUUGUAAAUCUGCUAUUACAACAAGUGGUCCUUUAGCAGGUGUACCUCCAACUCUCCUCUCACCCGUAGCUUUUCAUGGUGCAACUUUAAAACCAAUAAAGGUUAAAGAAAGUACAGUUCGUGUUGAUAAAGAAAGAUAUUACUCUUUGGAAUUAAAAGGGCCACUUUUGCCUCAUGUGUUGCCUUCUCUUUGUUUUUUAAUGAAAUCUAGCCAGCUAGAACAAUAUUCUGCCAGUUGUGCACAGUUAGGUUCGACAACUUCAUUUUCAGCAAUGAAACAGAAAUUUGAACAAACGGAAUCCAAAAAUGUACCAAUUCCAGAAUAUGUUUUUGGCAAAGAAAAUUUGAGCGAUUGUGGAUUUAAUAGUGAAUUAUUAAAACAUUUUUGUAGUCCUGAUCCAGCUUAUGUUCAAAUUAUAGAAAAUAUUAAAUUUUCAAAUAAUUUGUACACAUGGUCUUGACAAAUAAUUAUUAAUGUUAAAAGCAAAGCUUAACCAGUUAUGCUUAAAUCUUAAUUUAAGGAAAAGAAUAUUUUGUAUUUUUACUUUUGUAAAUAAUUUUAAAUGUUAUGAUAAUAUAAUUUAUUGUCAAAUUAAUUGUUAAUUAAUAUUAUUAAUUCAAAUGAAGAUAAUUAAGUGAUAUUAUUUUAAGAUUACAAAAUUAAUAUUAAUUUUAACAUAUUUAACGAAUUAAUAAAUAUU